AUGUCGAUCCUUGAAAUGACUGCAGAUGUUUCAAUAGAAGGGGUGAAGAAAUUCGGACUGGUAACUGGGUAUUUCUUUUCUAUUAAUAUAGUCGUAGGAGCAGGUUUUCUGGCGUUACCCUAUUCAUUUUCAACUAGCGGAUGAUUGAUCUCUUUAAUUUUUAUGAUAUUCAUGGCACUCCAAAAUUACUAUUUAGGCAUGCAGCUACUGGAAAUAAUGAGCAGAGCAGAAAUCAUUUCAAGGAUGAGAGAAGAAGGCAUAAAAGUAGACCGACCAACAUGAAAACAAAUUAUUUUAGGAAUCAGUCCACAAGAAACCUUGAUAGCUAACUCCCCUAAUUACAGACCCACAAUAUCAAACAGAAGGUUUGAUAUCAGUGAAUGUGUAAGGAUUCUUUUUGGAUCCAAAUGAAGUAGGUUUUACAUCUUGAUGCUCAUUCCCUAUUUGCAAGGAGCUCAGGCUGGGUAUGCAACCGUCUUUGCAAGCUCGUUUGCAUCGAAUGUCCCAUUAGGGUCUCUUGGCAAAUGCAAUAUAUAUGAUCAUUCAUCUUAUUCUGAUUCCUGCUAUGCAAAUUACUGGAUAUAUUUGAUGAUUUACUGUCUCUUUAUGACUUAUUUAACAAUUCGAGGACUUCGAGAGCAAAAAUGGAUUCAAUCGUCAUUAACUAUAAUGAGAUUUUGCAUAAUUUCACUUGUAGUCUUUGCAUCAAUUGGUUUACUGGCAGCAGAAAAGCAAGUUGACGAUGAUGAUCACGAAAGUUUUAAAAUGCCUCCUUUAGCGACGAUGAGUAAGCUGGGGAACAUGGCAUCUGUGAUUUUAUUCACUUUUCUCUUUCAAGUUCAGUUUCCUAGCAUAUCUGAGUUCAUGAAGUGUAGGUCGCGAAAUCUUAAGAAAAUCAUAGUUCUCGUGACAGUAACGUCCUUUGUAUUGUAUGCUUUGAUUGGAAUGAUUGUACCCAUUGCGAUUCAUGAUGUUGAAGGAGAAUGCACCUUGUCAUUUAGAGAGUAUUCUGCUGGGGCGAGCCAAAGCGACCGUGAGUGGUGGACUUAUCUUAUAGCCUAUAUGAUCGUAUUGUUUCCUGCAAUUGAUGUAUUUUCAAGCUUCCCUUUAAUGGGGCUUCCUCUUUCAGAUAACCUGAUGACCCUUUAUUAUGGAGUUGACUCAAAGAAUAUUCCUAAUAACGCCCAUUAUUACUUCCGAGCGGCUUGUCUCUUUUUCCCUUUCUUUAUUGCUUUUUUUAUAUAUGAUAUCGUAUGAUUUACUUUCUCCGCCGAUUUGAAAGAAACCAUUAAAAAAAUCAUACUUGGGCUAAAAAAUUUUUAAAAUAAAAUUUCCAAAAAUCUAUUAUUCUUGAUAUUAUUAUGAGAGGGUUUCCAACACGUGGAAAAAUAAUUUCACAUGUGGGACCAAAAUUCCAAUUGUGGAGUCCCCACACCUGAAUGGCUCCAUAUGCGAAAUUUUGGUUAAGCAUGGGAGACCCUCCCUCAAUUUAUGCAGUUUUUUAUAAUAAAGUGAUUUAUAUUUAAAAAUGUUUAUUGCCAAAUGAGGUUAGAGCCUUAUUUAUAACUGGGUGGGAUUAUUCGGAUUUAUUCUUCAACCAAUUGCGAUCCCAAUUAUGCAUAUAGCAGUGAGAUUGAUGAAUGACACUCCAUCAAAUUAUGAUGCUCCCUUUCCGUCUAAGGUAUCAUUUAUGUAGUAUCUUUCUUUGGCGAUAGCAGGGUUAAACACAGUGAUUAUGCUAUUUAUUUUGAUUUCAAGUAUUAUAGGAAAUUAG